CAAAAAACCUGAGCUCACCCAAGUCCCUGCCUCCUAAGACAAACCACACAGCGAGACAAAACACUGCGGCUUUCUUCUUCUCUAACCACAGCCUUCGGAAUCACCUUUUAACCCUUUAACAAAGACUCUGCAUGGAGAAAGAAAGGUUUUAAGGACUUGUGCAAAACCUCUUAACUUUCUUUUGAACUUCUUAUACGGUGGAGAGUUUAGAGACGCGCGCUGAAGCGAACUCUCUCCGCGCGAGCGCCGCGCGUAAUGCAAAGCGACUCGGUUUUAUUCCGGAUUUUGACGUUCGCUACUGCGAAGAGGAAGCUAAAUCGCAUUGUAAAUUAUGUCGGUGCUUCUCCAGAGCGCGUCCAGAAGCUCCCGUGCCUUUCUUUCCACGCGAUCCACCUGUAGCGCUCGCGCGUAAAGCCCGAGUGGAGCCGAGCUUCUCCAACUUUUUUUCGCAUUCAGGAAAGCGCCGAACGGAUUUCACGUAGCUAGAUCCCAUCUAUUUUGAAUCGAGAACUCAGACUUUGGUGCUGGUUUGAAGUGCCCUUACCUUUGCUGACAUUGUUGUGAUGCGCAUCCCGGUAGAUCCGAGCACCAGCCGCAGGUUCAGUCCGCCGUCCAGCAGCCUUCAGCCGGUGGCGGGGAAGAUGAGCGAUGCGCCGCAGGAGCAGAACGCGGCGCUGCCGAGACUCCGACAGCACGACAACCGGACGAUGGUGGAGAUCAUCGCGGACCACCCCGCCGAACUCGUGCGGACGGACAGCCCCAACUUUCUGUGCUCGGUGCUGCCGUCCCACUGGAGGUGCAACAAAACUCUCCCGGUGGCGUUCAAGGUUGUAGCUCUGGGAGAUGUUCCUGAUGGGACGGUGGUGACAGUUAUGGCAGGAAAUGACGAGAACUAUUCGGGAGAGCUGCGAAACGCCUCGGCUGUCAUGAAGAAUCAGGUGGCACGUUUCAACGACCUGAGAUUUGUUGGCAGGAGUGGAAGAGGAAAGAGCUUCACGCUGACAAUCACAGUAUUCACGAACCCACCGCAAGUGGCUACUUACCACCGAGCCAUAAAGGUCACAGUGGACGGACCGCGGGAGCCGCGGAGACACAGACAGAAACUGGAAGACCCCCCUAAACCGCCGCUCUUCUCCGAGCGCCUGAGCGAGUUAGAGCGUUUGCGCCAGACCACCAUGAGAGUUGCCAUGCAAACCCAGAGUCCCCGGCCGUCUCUCAACGCCACGCCGAACUCCUUCAACCCGCAGGGGCAAACUCAGAUCUCAGAUCCACGGCAGACGCAGUCCUCUCCGCCCUGGUCCUACGAGCAGCCCUACACUCCUUACCUGAGCCAAAUGACAUCUCCCUCCAUCCACUCCACCACCCCGCUGUCCUCCACCCGCGCCACGGGCCUCCCCUCCAUCAGCGACGUGCCAAGACGCCUCUCAGGUACGUCGGAUCUCAGUCCGUUCUCGGCCGACCCGCGGCAGUUUGAACGUCAAUUUCCCGGUCUGUCCUCCCUCACAGACUCCCGUUUCCCCAGUCCCAGAAUGCACUAUCCCGCGACCUUCACAUACACCCCUACACCGGUCACUUCGGGCAUGUCUCUGGGCAUGUCCACCACCAGCCAUUACCACACCUACCUGCCUCCGCCGUACCCCGGAUCCACCCAAAACCAAAGCGGGCCCUUCCAGACCAGCAGCACGCCGUACCUCUACUACGGCGCCUCGUCCGGGUCGUACCAGUUCUCUAUGGUGCCAGGUGGAGAUCGAUCCCCCUCCAGGAUGCUGCCGCCUUGCACUAGCGCAUCCACCGGCAGCACCCUCAUCAACCCCAACCUGCCCAAUCAGACGGACGGAGGCGAUGCGGACGGCAGCCACAGCAGCUCGCCAACCGUUCUCAACUCCAGCGGGAGGAUGGACGAGUCCGUUUGGAGACCAUACUGAGACGGUCUGGUUGAACAAGACCUCAAUGCAGCACUGUUAGCCUUAAAGACAAAGAGCGAGAGAUAAUUGCAUGAAAGAAUCGUUGGAUUAGAAGCACAAACUCAUUGGUACUCACUGGUACUCACUGGUACUCAUUGGUACUCAUUGGUACUCACUGGUACUCAUUGGUACUCACUGGUACUCACUGGUACUCACUGGUACUCAUUGGUACUCACUGGUACUCACUGGUACUCAUUGGUACUCACUGGUACUCAUUGGUACUCACUGGUACUCACUGGUACUCAUUGGUACUCACUGGUACUCACUGGUACUCACCGGUACUCACUGGUACUAACUGGUACAAUAUUGAAUGGUUGCAGUGUAUUUUUAUGAUAUUAUAUAAAACAAAUUACCCUUACCGGGAGUGAUCUACGGCAUUAAGGUGCGAUCAUAUUAGCAAUAUUACAGAGCAAUGGUAAAUGAGGUCGCAUCUUUAGUCUAAUUCAUCUGACAUUCCAGUUCAUCGGUGACAUUACAUAUAAUGCAAGUCACUGAAUUUAAAGGAAUAGUUCAGCCAAAAAUGUUUAUACAUUCACCUUCAUUUUGUUCCAAACCCGUAUGACUUUCUUUCUUUAAAAUUAAAUAUUUGGCACAAUGCUGAUGCUGCACAUUUAGAUUGACAAAAGUGUACUGUCACUGUCUUUCUCCCGAAAAUUCUGGUGUUUGGGGGUUUUAAACUCCAAAAAGUACCAACAGAUUGGUCUAUGUGAGCUCAUUCAAUAGCUUUGUGCAAAGCAAUGAGAAAAUGAUGCCAGAAUGUUUAUUUUUGGAUGAACUAUCCCUUUUUCUGUCCUUGAGUAAACUUUCAUUGCAAUAGGAAUGCAUCCACACUAUUGGCGCAGAAUAUUUUUAUACUAACUCGGUAUGAUUUAGCAUUUCUUAACACUGAAAGCAAUUGUUUGUUUGUUUUUUAUUUAUGCGUGCUAGAAGUCAGCUAUUUGAAACAGUACUGGCUUAUUCCCUCUAAUUAUUUUAAUUUAAGAAUGAAAUGGUAACAAACAGUACUGAUUCGAGAAGCAAUAGAAGCCAUAUAAACUUUAAAUUAUGCAAUGUGUUGAGAGGGACAAAAUUUAAGGCGUUUGAAUAUUAUUUUUGGGACAUCUAUUAAUAACUUAAUGAAAUAUUUACUCGUUUUGUAAUUUAAAUGUUUUGUUAUUUUUAUUGUUAUGUUAAAGCAACCAAAAAAGAAAAGCCAAUCAUACGUCAGCAAUGAAGGAAGGACAUUUCAUUGUAAGACUAUAUCCACAAUUAAAUGUUUGUGGAUUGUUCUCAGUCAAAAAUGUUAGACAUUAAUAAGCAUUAAAACAUCCAGAAAUGUUUUAGACUGAGUACAUCUGAGCAAGUAACAAAAAACGAUCAAUAAAUGUACAAAGAUAUGUUACGGGAGUCGACGUGCUGCGCUCUCCACUUGUUUGAUUUUGGUAUCCGGUGUUUAUCUAGUUAAUUUAUUUUAGAUGUAUUUUUUAUUUAAUGUUUUUCGGUGACUACAAGAAUGACCAAACUCUUGCAGCAGUGGCCUAAACCUUUGCAUCUCCAGAUACAGACAUGAUCAAAUCUCACGCAUGCACUUGCAAUAAUAAAACGAACAGUUUCCGUCUCUUGUGCAGAUAUGAAACCAAUACGAUCGACAGCCUUUUGUUCUAUAACUGGAUUGUUAACUGCACUUUGUUGGUUAGUUAAACACUAUGCAAACUUUACAACAACAAUCAAACUCAGAAAUGUCUCUUUGCUGUGUGCUAAUGUUCUUGAGGUACAAUAUAAUCAAGUACUUUGAUAUUAAUGGCAUGUUAGAUGACAGAAUCUUUGAGCUGCAAGACAUUUUACUGAACGGACGAACAAAUUGAGUGGCCCAAAUUACACAAAGGAUGUUUACCAGAAAAGUUCAUCAUCUCCAUUUCUAGAAUUUAUUUAUUGGUCAGCAAUCCAUAAUGAGUUGGGAUGAAACUAUCACUGACAAAGAGAACGAUUUUGAAACAAUUAUAUUUUUAUUAAUCCAAUUUUCUUUACACUUUGUAAUUGGCGUCUCUGAAGAAUAUUGUGUAUGCUUUUGGAUUCAACAACAAGUGGUACUUGAUUUAAUGUUUGUCCCAAUGUAAGUUAAUAGGCUGCUGGCAGCGCCCUUCUGAAACAAACGUCACUUGUCUCUUUAUUUCUAUUUUUGUUUAGAACAAAGCACUUCUUCUUUUAAAGGGAUGUAAAACAAAGCAUAAAUGGCAAAAACAAAAACGCAAAUGAAUGUUCGGGUUAUAUUUUACUCUAGAAGUUACAUUUAGCAUGAAGAAAAUAAAUUUAAAUUUUUACAACAUUUUUUAUUUAUUUUUUUCAGGAAAAACUGCUUUAACGUGAAAAAUCGUAUUCCAAAUUAUAGCAAACUGGUAAUGAUAGUAUAAAUAAUUUUUGAUAAAUGUAAAUUUGUAGUAAAUAAUAAUUGCAAAUACCAAACGUGGUCCUAAAAAUAUAAUAUCAUGUUUAUUUUUUCCUUCUUGUGUGUGUGAUGAAAUAUAACCUGAACAAGAUCAGUUUUGAGAAAAUCGGCCAAAAUUAGGUCACAAAGGUCAUGGCAGAAACAACUCAUCUGAGCUUAAAACAAACCUGUAUGUGUGUACCACCCACAUUUGUCAUUUCUUCUGUACAGUAUUAAACUCCAAUUCUUUGAGUUCGGUUACAAUAACUACACUUACACUGCUGUUCUUAACUGCCCCACUAUUUGAUUUAGCCUUUUCUUUUACCGUGGUGUCUUCUGGUAGUAAGGAGAGCGUUUAUGUUUACAGAAUGUUUACAAAAAGCUGCAAGCAGGUAACUGCAAAUGUAAAGAAAACCUCUGCACUGUUAACUUUGUAUGAAUCCGUGUUUAAUUGCUUCAAUAUGCCUGAUAACACGAGAACAGCAUUGGUGUGUCUUAAUCAAACAUGUCACAGGGCCAAAUAUUUAUAUGCUUUUAGGCUAUAGACCAUGUUUUUCAUUGACCCUUUUAUAUGUAGUACCCUUGCACGAGUCGGUUUUAUGGUUCAAUAGCAGAGAUUCCUUCCAUGAGGCUAUUUAUAUUCAUACUAUACAUUACAAAAAAAAAUUGAGAUUUCAUUCUGUCAUCAUCACAGACACACAGAAAGUUUUGGGCUUCUUUGCAAAUUUCAUUUACAAGGUCAGAUUAACACAUGAAGAAAACCAAAUGCUUCUGUGGCGUCUUUUGCGCUCCAUUGUUCUCGUUUCUGAACUGUUAACGGAAGCGUUUCGUAUUUGAAACCCUGAAAAUCCUGCUAUUGAAAUAUGCAUCAUUUUGAUUGGACACAAUCCUUGGUUUGUAAACAACAGGAGCAUUACUUCCUUGCACAUAAUGUACAGAUGUUUCAGUUUCGACAAUCUUUCGUCCUGUUUCAUCCAUUGAGUUUGGGAAACUUUAACCUGUCUGUAUGGGACUAACAAUCCAGUAAAAAAAUAAAAUAAAAUUGUGAGAUUUUCAAG